CUUCUUUUUUUUUAUUUUGUAUAAAAAAAAUACCAUAUCUAGACUCUUCUUUACAAACUGAAUCCUCAAUAUAUAUUCAACAGACCAUGAAACUAUAACAAUGGGACUAUAACUAUCAAAGUGUUCCAGUAUCAUGCCAAUGGAAAGGCCAUUGAACAUAUCUAUCAAUUAUGGUUAUCAAGCACAAACAAAAAAAAAUCAAGGGUAUUAUAUUUGAAGAUGGUUUGAAUUCUCAUCAGUUAGUUAUCCUCGUGGAAAUUGAUAUCGGCAUCAUUACUAUCGUUGUCAUCCUUCAAAUAUUAUUGAUAGGUUGUCAUGAUACAUCGUCCAUCAGUCUUAUUAUGUUACUAUCAUUCAAUUGUUAUGAUCCGUUUCAAGUAUGGUCAAUUACUGUAUUCAAAAUCACAGAACCAAAUGAAAAUUGGAUACAUAAAAAGGAUGAAUAACUAAUGUAACUAUAUUAUUAACAACAACUGGAAAGGGAAAUCAAUUUGUGUGUACUGUAAAUAGAUGACAUUUUUUCUAUAGUUUCUUUUAUUGAUAGUUAUAGUCUUAUUAUAUUCUUUUUAUAUUCUUCUUCUUCUUCUUUAAUAAAGUUUAUCUUUAUAUCAUCAUCAU